UCAGGGCUAGAAUGAGAACGGUCGCUGGGAUAUUUUAUCAGCGGUAGCUAACAGAUAUAAAAACGUAAGCAGACUGUAACAGAGUUAUAACUGCAAUGCUUAGUAGCGCCACACGGCGGUGCCUCCCUCUGUUAGUAUGGCAGUGAAGACGUGCCGCUGCAGCUUUCUCCCCUCGGACCGAGACACAUCAAGCGAGACUUCACUAACGAGUUUUACUGUAAAUAUAGCGCCGUGGACACCUGACAUUGUAUGGUCCAUGUUGUAGAAUAAAGUAGCCUAUCAGUGUAGAAUAUCCGUUUAGUUGUCUGUCAACUCUUUGAGCUAACUGGCUAACUGCUAGCUCUCUCCAACACCAUUCAUUUUACAAGACUUAGCUAUGCCUCCAGCUGAAACCGAGUAAAGAGCGGUCAGAGAGUGCGGCUGGUGCCUAGCAACGGUUGCUAAGCUGCACCCUGCUGGGGGGCGGGGCUUAGCUGGAACGUCCCUUGAUCUGACCUCAGGUUCGAUAAUGCCUUUCAUCCAUUAUAUGCCUUUCAUGAAUGACAUUUUGCCUAUAAGACAGAUUCAGACAUUAGGGAAAAUCAUUCUAUACUAUGGUUUACUCUACAUUGGUUUACUUAUAUCUGCUCAAAAAGCUUCUGACAAACCUGUACCUGUAAAACAAGACAAGACAUUCAGAAAACGCACCCUAUCUAAUACAACCACCAUGACUGAAAUGGAAAGUUCCGAGACAGAGGAGAUAUUGAAGAUCAGAGUGGAAGAAGUUCGUCCAGUGGUUGAGUCCUUUUUCAAAAGGUUGACAUUGGAACAGCAGAGAUUGGUGACGCAAGAUGCAGCUGAUGAUGCCACAUCAACAUUGUUGGCGGAGAUGAUUUUGGACCUAAUAUCACUAGUUUCUAAAUCCAUUUUGGCAACUCUGCAGAAUAAAUGCAGCCAAAUAAUCUCUGAGGAGCGUGUUCAGUCCGGUCUGGGAGACACACUUCUUCUGUCUUUUGCUGAGGUUCUUCAAGUAAAGGACCCAGUCCACUGUGACAGCUCAAAGAACUUAAACAACAUGUUUGAUACAGAGGUUGCAGAAAGCAUUUACUCUGCUAUCACCAAUAGUGCGGAUACUUUGGAACCUGUAUUUAGUGAGCGUGUAACUCCUCCUCACAGACUUAAUAUGAUGGUACGACACGCCUUUAAUAUGUUGAAAGCAUUUAUGGGCAAGAUGAAAGAGGUUUCGUGCUCAUGUCGACCACGUAAACCACGAACAAGACAGGACAUCUCCAUACAGAAGGCCGCUGAUGGACAACAAGAGAUGGACGAUCAAGAGGAGGCAGAUACUGAUCACUACCAGUCAGCAGCCAGAUCUGUGGAAUCAAAAACCCCGGACAAGGUCUCCAGAGCAUCAGAGCACUUUGUGAGUGUAACAACCACAGCUGUGAGGGAAAUAAUUACAAAUGAGGUCAGUGGACUCACAGAACCUCUACUGCAAGAAAUGACCGACUCGGAGUAUGAGCAGCUGCGAUCUGACACCUCACAGGAGAUUCAAAUUAUUUCAGAUGACAUUACUUACUUAAUUGUUCAGGAGGUUAACAGUCUGGAAGAGCAAGAUGCUGCAAGUAUUAGUCCAGAACCCACAGAGACAAGGGUUACCCCAGAAGCCAGAGGGACAUGUAUCACCCCGGAAUCCAGAGAGAAACUGUCCUUAAAAGGAGUGGGGAGCAAGAUAAAAAUCUUUUUUGCCGCGCAGUUUGCCAAACUGUCAAUACAUCGCAUGGCGACUCAACUAGACAACCAAUUCUACCCCGACUCCAAAGUUAAAAGUGAGAAGUCAAUGCAGUCCUUUGUGACUGAUGUUGAUUCUCUGUUUUCAAAAGAUGGUGUAAAACAACAAGUUGGAAGUGAGGUUGUUUAUAGUAAAUUGCAGGAUAUUUCCAACGGUAAAGACCAGGUGUUCAAAGAAGAGCUUAGUGGUCUCCUCUACAGUUACGUCUCUGAGGGGAGGAUUCCAGAGACUGUCCCAGGAUCAAAUGAAAGGACACUGUCUGCUUCCCCAUCCCGUGAUACAGUGUAUGGUGAAAUACAUUGUAAAGUGUGGCGUUACCUUGGACUGAUGAAGUGGUGGCUGUGCACACGGGCUGGCACACACAGUAACAAGAUGAAAAAAGCUUUCAAGAAUAUUGAGUCACUAUCACCCACCGCUACACCGACGCCCUCACCCACACCUAUACCCACACCUACACCUACACCCAAACCUACACUUAGGCAUACGCCCUCACCCACACCUACACCCAAACCUACACUUAGGCAUACGCCCUCACCCACACCUACACCCACACCUACACCUACACCCAAACCUACACUUAGGCAUACGCCCUCACCCACACCUACACCCACACCUACACCUACACCCAAACCUACACUUAGGCAUACGCCCUCACCCACACCUACACCCAAACCUACAAAUGCGCAUACGCCCAAACCUACAUCUACGCAUACGCCCAAACCUACACCUACGCAUUCGCCCAAACCUACACCUACGCAUACGCUCAAACCUACACCUACGCAUUCGCCUACACCCAGGUCUACACCUACGCCCAAACCUACAGUCACAGUAUCUGAGGAGGCCGCUGCCAGACCUGUGCAGAAUUCAACAGCACAGGCAGAGAAAAAUAAAAUUUCCAUCAGGCUACUUGUGCAGAUGUUGGUUUUGCGGACCUUUAACAAAGCGAAGGUGAACACAACAAUUGGAAAUUCAAAAACCAUCAUUGAGCGCCUGUUCAAGAAGAUAUGGGCUGAAGUCGAGGGAGAAGAUUUUCAAAUCACCAAUGACACUUACAAACACCUCAGCAAGGCCAUUUUAAAGGACAUGUGCAAGAAGUGGGGCUGUGCAGAGGACAUGCUGAUUUCAAUGAAUCUAGACGAACCAGCAGUUGACAAAUGUAUUGUCUCCUUCUUCAAAGACCACCUGAUGAAACCAAGGAAGCAAAGCAUCAUCAAAAGAUUCUUCUCCUCCAUUCAGGGUUUGGCCAGGGACUCUUUAUUGAUUGGACUAUAGUGAUUGAUUUGACUCUGUUGUGAGGAUUGUCUUUGUAGGGCAUAGACCAGUGUAUAGUGUAUAUAGGACAGAGACCAGUGAAUGGCCUCUGUAGGACGGAGACCAAUGAUUGGCUUGCGUGGAUUUACUCCAGGUGCUCCGGAUUCUUCCCACUUCCCUUUAAACCAUGCAGCAAUUGGGCACUAACAACAUCUCCCCAACACUAGUUGGUUUCAUGUUUUACAAUAAACAACACAAUUUAAAAAAAUAAAAAUCUGCUGAUCUCUCUUAUCAUUGGUUGUAAAUAUUCAACUCGUGCAGAAGUUCUGCCAAUUAAGUUUUACCCAGGUCAAAUGUUUGUGAAGAAAAUACAAAAAAAGUCAGUCAUCAAAUGUU